AUGAAGCCAGGUAAGAGUGUAGAAGUUAAAGAAGAAAUAGUAGAGGUGCAUACAGUUGCCCGGUCUCCCUCUCCGAAGCACAAAGGCAAUGAGAAACCAAGGAGCAGAUCGGGUUCACGAAAACUCUCCAAUGGGCAUGUGACAGGACCAGAAUCCACAGACCCACCUCCCCCCUCCGAAGAGAAAUCGGAGCAGUCACCUGAAAAGACGAAAACUCGUGAGAAAUGGAUAAAUUCGGAACAAGAGUCGCUUGAUGUGGAAAUUCCUAUCCAUGAUCAAAUAAAAAUGGGAAUACUAGGUUUCGUUGAGAAGGAAAUAAAGAAGUCUGACAAAAAUCCUUCGUUUGUAUUUUACUCUCAUGAUCCAAAUGGUUUGGAUGAGAAAUUAAUGAAAAAUUUGUCCAGACCGUCAAGUGGUCACAAAGAAAAGCGCAGUCCAUCUUAUAGGAAGAAAAAAAGCCACUCAUCUCGCCAUAGGGAUAGGGAUCUUCAUGAUUUUGAGGUGCCGGGUUCAAGUCUCAGUGCUUUAGAAAAGGUAGAUGACUACUUGAAAGAGUAUAACAAAGAUGAAGUGGUGACUUUGAGUGGGGAGCUGGAAAUCGAGUCCAAUGACAUUGAAAACAAUAAUGGCAUUUCCAAAGAUUCAAGACAUAAGCCAAGGAAGACAAGACGAAAAGCUAGAGAGGAGAGACAUGAUGGUAAUGCCAAUGGACGGGAUGUAAGCCCUAAGGUCUUUAAGACCGCCACUAAAAGUAAGGGGGGCCCAAAACCAGUUCGUCCAACUGACCUAACAACAAUGUUGGAAAGUCUCGAGUCAAAUGUGCCAUACCAUGACCAGUACAUUGACAAUCCUUUCUCAUCUCCAUCACCCCUGACAUCACCAAAUGAUGAAAGACUAGACCCAUUUGCUUCUCGGCGAACUGAUAAGAUUUAUCUCCAAGGAGGCGGCACUUUCAAAGCUGUUUCUAGAGAUACGAUUUUGCAGUCACAGCAGUCCAAAGAUGAUGAGAAAUAUUUGAGGUUAGGCGACCUGACGCCUUUGGACGUGGCGCUGGCGUUGCAAAAGGCGUGGCGCAGCUGCUCCCCAGCCUGCCACGGUGUGCUUGGCGGCCUGUCGCUGAUGCACCUGCUGCUCAUCAGCUACUCGGACGGGCUGGACGGCAGCCACCUGGCGUUCCACACGCUGGUCACCAUGCCCUACGUGGCCGCUUACUACUUCCUCUGCGCGCUGUGCAUACUCUCCGUGCUGGACAGGCUGGACGUGACCAGCAUAGACCUGACGCGCGGUCUCCAGCCCUGGUUCCAGCCGAUAGUCCUGGUCAUCCUGUACACCGCCUGUCUGCUGGUCUGCGCCGCCGCGAGGAUGUACGACGAGCUGAUGGUCUACCAGUACGCGCCGAUGGUGGCCAACUCGACUGGCAACGCGACAGCGUCGGCGAUUCCACCAUUCUACCACACGUGGACCCACCUGUCGAUCUGGCGGGCGGUGCUCCCGAUCCUCGGGCUGGUCUACUUCGUGAUCUCCCACCCACCGGAUCUGGUGCACGCCAACCUCGGGAAGCUGCUGCAGUUCAAGCAUUCGUUGCAGAGCAUCGGA